GUAAGGUGGAUGUUAUGCAGCUGGUAGCUGGGGCGCCCUCGUAAUCAUAUUUCACAGGACAUUCGUGUUGUAUAAUAAGAGCAGAGGCAACAUUUGAAUCGCCACUUUAUAUAUCCAGUUGGCUUGCAAAAAUCAGUAAGGUUCUAUAUAUGGCAAACAUGAAGCACUUGGUUUACUAUACCACGCACAAUGUUCACGACCUGGCCUGCGAGGAGGCACGCGUGCAGCUCCCUUUUCUGCCACCUCCAUGGCGCCGGGAGCGCCAUGCUGUACCGCGUGCUGGACGCGGUGACGUCGGUGAAAUGCGAGACUCGGCGGGCUCGCAAGCAGAUCAAGGUGCUCGAGGCCCUUGACGUCGCCGGGACGCAGCUGUACCACUUCACCACCAUCGUCAUCGCCGGCAUGGGCUUCUUCACCGACGCCUACGACCUGUUCUCGGUCUCCCUCAUCGCCGACCUCCUGGGCCGCAUCUACUACCACUCGGCAGACGGCAAGCUUCCCGGCAACGUCGCUGGCGCCCUCAGUGGCGUGGCACUCUGUGGCACCGUCCUGGGGCAGCUCUUCUUCGGCUGGCUCGGCGACAGGAUGGGGCGGAAGCGGAUCUACGGCGUCACGCUCAAGCUCAUGGUGGUGUGCUCGCUCGCGUCCGGCCUCUCCUUCCACAACAAGCCCAAGUGCGUCGUGGCCAUGUUGUGCUUCUUCCGCUUCUGGCUCGGCUUCGGCAUCGGCGGCGACUACCCGCUCUCGGCGACCAUCAUGUCUGAGUAUGCCAACAAGAGGACUCGCGGAGCCUUCAUAGCAGCGGUCUUCGCUAUGCAGGGUCUUGGGAACCUGGCUGCUGGGGCUGUUGUUCUGGUGCUCUCUGCGAGCUUCAAGAACACGGCCGCGUACGAUACUGACCAGCUCGGGCAAGCAGACUACGUGUGGCGCAUAGUACUCAUGCUCGGCGCCGUUCCUGCCCUGCUCACCUACUACUGGCGCAUGAAGUACACCGCGCUCAUCGCCAAGAACCUCAAGCUAGCGGCGUCUGACAUGGCCGCGGUCCUCGACAUCGACUUCGUGUCGGACAUGGACGCGGAGGCCGUCGUUAAGCAGGACGAGUUUGGCCUCUUCUCCAUGGAGUUCCUUCACAAGCAUGGCCGCCAGCUCCUCGGAACCACCGUGUGCUGGUUCGUCCUCGACGUCGUCUUCUACUCCCUCAACCUCUUCAUGAAGGACAUCUUCAGCGGCAUCGGCUGGUUUGGAGACGCGGCCGAGAUGAGCCCUCUCGAGCAGACCUACAAGAUAGCCCGCACGCAGGCCAUCAUCGUGGUCGGCGGUUCCCUGCCAGGGUACUUCCUCACUGUCCUCUUCGUUGACCGCAUCGGCCGCAUCAAGAUCCAGCUCAUGGGGUUCACCAUGAUGACCAUCUUCAUGAUCGGGCUCGCCGCGCCCUACAAGUUCUGGUCCAAACCAAGCAUGCACGUAGGCUUCGCCAUCAUGUACGCAUUGAUCCUCUUCUUCGCAAACUUCGGCCCCAACUCCACCACCUUUAUCCUGCCCACGGAGAUAUUCCCGACGCGGCUGCGGUCGACGUGCAACGGCAUAUCGGCCGCCGGGGGUAAGUGUGGUGCCAUCAUCGGAGUUCUCUGGUUCCAGUAUUCUCACACGAGCAACCGGAGCUCUCUUCUUCUGCUGGCGGGGUGCAACCUAAUUGGAGUUAUGUUCACUCUUGCCUUGCCGGAGUCCAAAGGGAUGUCACUCGAGGAUAUCACCGGGGAAAUGGAGGAAGAAAGCGAACCACCUGAAAAAUCUGCAACAGUUGCUGAAGCUGAGUUCAUCCACAGCGUGGAAAUUCCGUAACCAGUAACGUCCAUCCUGGCCCAUUGCUGAUCUUGGUGUCUACUCAUCAAAAUUACUCAAACAUUGAGAACUUG